AUGUCUUCUCAACCGAGGGAUAGCUCCCCUGGCCGAGAUCUUGAUCUGCACGGCCAUGAAAUGGAUUCUUCGACGCCGUCUGAGGGCUCUGGCGAUAAGUUGAUCAUGGAUGACAACAAUGUCGAACCUCUUCAAGAAGACAGUAAAUCAGCGGAACAAAAGACUUUGAAUGGCAGAAAUACCAAAGAGAGUAUCAGACAAUUUUUUGCAUUGCGCAAGAGUGGCAUCGAAUAUGAGACUACCGUCGUCUUCAACGACAUCUCUGUUGAGGGUAUCGGGACAGGCACACUGCCCGCACCAACGAUCCUAUCAGCAAUGAAGUCGGCUUUUGGAGUACUCAACCCUCUCCAACAUCGAUUGACAGAGCGUUCCUCUCGACCAAUUCUUAGGGCGUUCUCGGGUACCAUCGAUCCUGGAGAGAUGUUACUUGUGAUAGGAAAACCAGGCAGUGGUUGUACUACAUUUCUGAAGACGCUAUCCUAUAUGUGGGAGGAAUAUAAAGAAGUCCAAGGCGGACUUACUUUGAACGGCCAUCCCAUUCAGGAGCUACUAUCCAAACGCCCUCAAGACGUCAUUUUCUGUGCUGAAUCCGACGACCAUUUUCCUACUUUGACCGUAGCAGAGACGCUUCGCUUUGCAGUCCGAGCCAGAUGCAGGCCAGAUACAUCCCCGAAGGACAUCGACAUGAUGGUCUCUCAAUUCGCCAGGCUGGUUGGCCUUGAGCAUGUAAUAGAUACUAAAGUCGGCGAUGCGUAUAUUCGAGGCGUCAGUGGUGGGGAAAGAAGACGAGUCUCUCUGGCAGAAGCAUUAGCAACAUGUGCUCGAUUAAUUUGUUUUGAUAACCCAACCUGCGGGUUAGACUCUUCUACUGCGCUCGAAUUUAUUAAAAUGAUGAGGGAAUGGACCGAUCAAAGUCGCUGCGUCACCGCCAUGAGUGUAUACCAAGCUAGCGAUAUGGUUGUGGCAUAUUUCGACAAAGUCUUGGUGAUAAACUCGGGUCGACAGAUCUUCUACGGCAAAUUACACGAAGCAAAAUCAUAUUUUGAAGGACUUGGGUUUGAGUGCUUACCUACAACAACGAUAUCCGAUUUCCUCAAUUCGAUGUCGGCUGACCCAGACGUACGACGUGUGCAAGAAGGCAAGCAGCGCCAGGUGCCACGGACUUCGGAGGAGUUGGAGACAGCAUUUCAUGCCAGUCGAUUUUAUAAAACUUUACAAGAGUCGAUGAGUGAAGUCCAGAAGGAGAUCACCUCAAAGCCUCGAGACUUGGUCAAUACGCCUGCCUAUUCUCUGCCAGUUUACCGCCAGACCUGGUACUGCGCUUCUCGUCAAUUCCGAAUCAUUAUGAGAAACCGGAGUCUAUGGGCUGUAGAGCCAUUGGCAAUUAUUGUGCAAAGUCUUGCUUUAGGGACUCUGUUUCGAGACGAAAAGCGAGCAACCCAGUCUCUGUUCAUAUUUGCAUCUUCGUUGUUCUUCACAGUCCUGGUCCCAGCCCUACAAUCAAUGGCCGAAUUCCGAAAUGGAUUCGAACAACGGCCACUCAUCCUCAAGCAGAAGCGAUACCGGAUAUGUCGUCCUAUUUCAUAUGCGUUGGGUCUGGUUAUAACGGAUGUUGUGUGGAAAAUUGCAUCCAUCAGUUACAACAUCCCGUUGUAUUUCUUAACUGGUUUUCAACGCAAUACAGGGAACUUCUUUAUUUGGUUCCUUGUUAUUUAUAUAGAACAUCUCGCUCUGUCUAUGUUCUUCAGGUCGGUUGCCGUAUUUUCCCCAAGCAUACAUCGCGCCAUACUUCCGGUUGGUAUAUUCUUCAAUAUGUACGUGUUGUAUACGGGUUUCUACGUGCCAGAGCCUCAGAUGCAGGUGUGGCUUUCAUGGUUGAGAUAUCUCAAUCCAUUAUAUUACGCCUUCGAGUCGGUCAUGGUCAACGAAUUUCGAGAUCUGAGCUACCAUUGUAGCUCAUCUGACAUCGUGCCUUCCGGAUCAGCUUAUACAAAUAUCGACAAUCAGGUCUGCGCGGUUGUUGGCUCUCGUCCUGGUGAGCUUUCCAUCUCAGGAAUGUCAUACAUCAAAGCACCGUAUGGAUUUGAAAGGGCGCACCUCUGGAGAAAUGUCGGGAUCAAUGCUGCACUGUUUGUGUUCUUUGCUCUAUGCUCUGGAAUCGGAAUGGAAAGGUUGAGUACGCCUGCCGGUAAAUCGGCCACGGUAUUUUACAAGCAGAGUAAAUUGAGACUCAAAACCAAGUCAGACAUAGAGGGAGGAUAUCUCGGCAGAGGUGUCGCACCGGAAGGUACAGCCCCAGUCAAUCAUAACAACCAGUGCGCUGUACAAGAUAGAAGCCAUACAUUUGCAUGGAAAAAUCUGUGUCUCGAUAUUAAAUUCAAGGACGGCAACAGACGCCUACUAGACAACUUGAGUGGUUGUGUCAAGAGCGGACAACUCAAAGCUCUAAUGGGGGUCUCGGGAGCAGGAAAAACCACUCUUCUCAAUGCACUUGCUGGCCGUUCGUCAGUCGGGUCUUUGACGGGUGAACUGGCACUGAAUGGGAAAUUACUUCCUGAAUUCUUCCGCAGUAGAAUGGGUUACGUCCAGCAACAGGAUAUCCAUCUCCCUACACAAACAGUUCGUGAAGCUUUGCAAAUGACAGCGCGGUUGAGACGAAAGUCGACAGUCUCGCUAGAAGAGAAAUAUACCUAUGUCGAAAAAGUCAUUCAGUGGCUAGGUAUGGAGAACAUCGCCGAUGCCCUAAUCGGUAUCCCUGGUGUAGAAAUGGCCUCGAAACCGGAAAUACUCUUUCUGGACGAGCCCACUUCUGGUCUCGACGGGCAAUCAGCUUUUUCGAUAAUACAACUUCUCCGUGUAUUGUCAGAUUCCGGUCAGGCAAUAGUAUGUACCAUUCAUCAACCGGCUGCUGAGCUUAUUGAGAUGUUUGAUGAGUUGUGCCUUCUCAGUCGAGGGGGUAAGUUGAUUUAUGAUGGCCCAUUGGGUGUUCAUUGCCAACAGGCAACCCAAUACUUUGAGAAGCAUAGCAGAAAGUGUGGUCCAGGUGAGAAUCCAGCAGAAUUCUUCCUAGACGUGAUCGGUGCGGGUACUCGAAACGAUAUCAAAAAGGACUGGCCUAAUCUGUGGCAUCACCACAAGCAAAACAACCAUGGAGAAAAACUUCCAGAAGGGGAUGAAACUAAAAUUCAGACACGCGGUCAGAUAGCACCUUCCAAGCAGCGACAAUCACUCUACGCAGCACCCUUUCACAUCCAGCUAUGGGUCGUGCUUCAAAGAACAUGGCUAUAUUACUGGCGAGAACCGGAUUACAUUGUCUCAAAGAUAUGGCUGAACGUCGGAAACUCUCUCCUCAACGGUCUUAGCUAUCUUCAGGCAUCAAACACACAGCAAGGAGCAUACAGCCGUGUAUUCUCCGCUUUUAUGGCGCUCAUCGUCGGACCCCCUUUAGGGUUACAAGUUCAACCGCGAUUCGUGACACUGCGAGAAAUUUUCCUUCUGCAAGAAAUUUUCCUUCAUCGAGAACGCGAGAGCUUGACUUAUAACUGGUUAACCUUUGUCCUAUCGGCAUUCAUCGUCGAGCUACCUUUUACAUUCAUUACUUCUCUGGUGUACUGGCUACUAUGGUAUUUCCCCGUCGGAUAUUUCGGUUCUGCCUCGCGUGCAGGAUACAGUUUUCUCAUGUACGAGCUCUUCGGUGUCUUUGAAACAAGUCUAGCCCAGUUAUGUGCAUCUAUUAUGCCAAAUAUUGAAGCAGCCUUUGCAGCGAAUAGAUUUUUCUUCAUGUUCUACAAUACUUUAGCGGGGACAAUGUCGCCCAAAUCGGUGACCUCGUCCGGUUGGCGUUGGUACUACACUGUUUCUCCUCUCUAUUACUACAAUGAGGGCGUUGUGACGGAUAUAUUGCAUGAUCUUCCUAUUCGCUGUCAGCAAUCUGAGAUGUCGACCUUUUAUCCACCAAACGGGACGAGUUGUGGUCAGUAUGCGGCGGAUUCCUUGCAAACCGCGACAGGGUACUUGAUGAACCCGGAAAGUCUUUCGGACUGUCAAUAUUGCAAAUAUCGAGAUGGUCAAUCAUAUUAUCACCAAUACGGAUUCGACUUUGCAAAUCGCUAUUCUGACAUUGGCAUCUUCAUAGGCUUUAUUGCCUUGAACUUUACAAUGGUCAUUGUAAUGACUUAUCUACUGAAAAUUCGACGUUGA